CGUCUGCUGGCGCCUCUCCAUUUCACUGCUGAUCUCUGUCGGCUGCUAGCAACGCAGAUUUCCAGUGCGCGUGGUCCCAUCCUCUGGGAAAAAUGAUUGAAUUUUCAAAAACGGUUGCACUUCGUUGUAUUUCAUGUGCUAAUAGAGAUCUAGGUUACCGUUUUUACUGAAAAUGUGACGGACAACUCUUGAAUGCUUUUUACAAGCGAGCGCAGACGACAGAAGAAUAGAGUUCGAAACCUAGCGUUCGGUCCAUCGCAAGUUCGCAGCCAAUGCCUCUACGCUUUGUUAGGAUUGCUCUGCAAAAUGGCCUUGCUUAGUGAGCCAUGUCUAAGAAGAGGAUGGUUCAUCGGCUGUCUUUCCCUUACAGCGCUGAUCUUCACACUACCGAUGUUGUCUGUCAGAGGUGACGUGGUGGAAUUGUUUGUCACCAACGGAACCGAUGUUCUUAGGAUUGACAAAGAAACCAAGACCCACGAGUCGCUAUACCACCAGCCUGGAGGGCGCAUCGUCGGCCUGGCUGCAGACACGGACGAUGGUGUUCUUUUCUGGUCCGACAUCAGCGAACAGUACCGCGCGAUAUACAAGUCCUGGACUGACGGCAAUGGCGUCCAGAUCAUUAUCACAGGCGUCGUUGAGUGCAACGGUUUGUCGGUGGACUGGAUAUCUAACCACAUCUAUUGGACGGAUGCUGGCAAGCUGACAGUGGAGAUCGCUAACUACGACGGCAGUGGGCGCCGAAUACUCAUUGGCUACAACCUGCAGAUUCCUCGCGGAAUAGUCGUGGAUCCAGUAUUUGGGUAUGUGUUUUGGGCUGAUCAAGGCACAGGAAAGAUUGAAAGAGCAGGGCUUGAUGGAAACGAUCGCCGCACUUUGAUAGAGAAAGACAUCUAUUGGCCAAAUCAGUUGGCAGUUAGCUAUCCUACAAGGCGGCUUUACUGGGUGGAUGCCAAGAAGAAGAACAUUGCAUCUUGUGAUAUUGAUGGAGGUGACAUUACAGUUGAGCGGGACUUGUCGAGCACCACAACAGCUUUUGGUCUGGUGGUCAUUGGCAAUAAAGCCAUCAUCAGCACUUGGUUCACUGCCAAGAUUCUGUCAGCCUAUGUGGCAACACGAAAUGCUCUGUGGACAGAAGAACUCUCUCUUCCAGGCAGUUCCGAGCUCUUCAGCCUUGUUGCCACAGCACCCUCCAUGCAGCCACCCAGUUUUCACCCAUGUGGCCAGGAGGAUAAAGGUGGCUGUAGUCAUUUAUGUCUGCCUACACGGGGAACAUCAUACCGUUGUGCCUGUCCCUCCUAUGGCGGACAUACACUUAGCUUCAGUGCCAAGAGCUGUGAAGCACCCAGUGAGCUGCUAUUCUUCACACUUAAGGAAUCUGGUGAAGUGGGCUUCAUUUCUCUAACGGGAGCCCAGUCACAUGACCUGACACUUGCUGGUCGUAGCAAGCAUCCCUCAGCAGUCACCUAUGAUCCUAUAGAACAGGUGGUGUACUGGAGUGAUGUGAAGGAGUAUGUGAUCUACAGAGCCAGCCUUGCUGGGGGGGAAAGGGAGAUGUUUCUUAACAGCAGCCAUGGCAUUGGGAUUGUUGACGGAUUGGCACUUGACUGGGUUGCUCGUAGACUUUACUUCACUAACAUGGGGCACUCAGAGCCAGGUCUGGAUGGAGCCGUGUACUCAUGGCACCGAAUAGAGAUGAUCUCUUUGCUCAAAGACCAGCGAAAGACAGUCAUCACUAGUGUUGAAAGACCAAGAGGGCUUGAUAUGGACAUUGAAAAUGGGCUGCUCUUCUAUGGAGACUGGGGUCGUGAACCCAAGAUUGUCCAGACAUUUCUGGAUGGCUCACACAGUGAGACCAUCCGAGUUGAAGGCCUAAGCAAUCCAAAUGGUCUGGCCUUCCAGAAUGGGCAGCUGUUUGUGGCCGACUCCAACUUCAACAACCGCACAGGUGGGCCUCACCUGAUGCUGUACAACGUGAGCAGAAAACAAUGGCAGGAGCUAAAACUUAGUUCUAGCCUUACUCUACCAAUGGGUGUGGCGGUGAGAGGCCACACUCUCUACUAUUCUGACUGGACUUCAAUGGAGCCUGGUGUAGUUGGCUACAUUAAAUCGUAUGAUUUCCGUUUUGGUGUGGAGAACAAUGUCAUACUGAUGGGACAUCAGCCCACAGGUCUUCACUAUUCUCCCUUGGCUCGAAAACAUCAAGAUUCCAUCAAUGGAACAUGUGAAAAAGCUUCAUGUAGUCAUGCAUGUGUACGAAUCCCAUCGACUCCUUCCAAGCCUUUCAAAUGCCUCUGCCCAGACCAAUCAACUAAAAUCCUUUCCAGUAAUUAUGCCACAUGUGACCGACCAGAAAAUUUCUUGUUGUUUGCGGACUUAAAUACACUGCAGCUGGUUUCUUUGGAUGAAGAUACAGAAGCAACACCUCAUGUAUUAUUGUAUGACCACAUUGCCAGCAACUUUGUGGCCUUGACUUACUGUGAGACCACAGACACCAUCUACUGGAGUGACUUAACCAGGAAACGAAUUUAUGGAUCACCUUUCAACGACAUUGCUCCACAUGAAGUUUUCAGUGGUGAUCUUUUCAUGGAUGGUCUGGCAGUGGACACAGACAGACAACGCUUGUACUGGACAGGGUAUGACAAUUCUGGUUUGGGAAUAAUAGCCCGCAUCAAUCUACAGCAUCAUGUCACAGAAUAUCACACAGUGAUAUCCAACCUGCACAAUCCACGUGCUAUCCAUCUUCUGACUGACAAAAGGCUGAUGUUCUGGACAGAGUAUGGUGACAAGGGCCAUCCUCCCAGUGUCCACAGAGCAAGAAUCAGUGGCAAAAAGAGUAAACGCCUCAUGUCCACCGGCCUCUUCUGGCCAAAUGCCCUGGCAUCGCAAGGCGAGGAGUUGUAUGUUGGAGAUGGAGCAGGAAAGAUUUUCAUCAUGGAUUUUCAUGGUGCUAGAGUGCGGGAAUUGUCAUUCUUGAAGAGCACAGUGUUUCAUGUGUAUGGACUGGUGGUGUUUGAUCAUCUGCUAUUCUAUUCUGACUGGUAUACUAAUGGCAUACACAUGGUGGACAUGGUGACUGGAAAGCAAGAACCAGUGGCACAACACCUGUCUCGGCCCACAAGUCUCAUCAUCUAUCAUCCUGGAAACCUCACGACUAACAACCAGUGCCAGACAGAGGGUGCAAAAUGUGAUGAGAUCUGUGUGCCAGUUCCACGAUCCUAUCAUUGUAGUUGUCAUGUAGGUUCAAAACUUGCUGCUGACAACCAUACGUGCCUCAAAAUGGCAAGCCCUUGGGAAGUGACAGAUAACUCCCGAUGCCAUGACGUCUGUGAUAUGAAUGCUUAUUGUGCUCAGCUUGUGCCACAGCUGGAGUACCAGUGCGUGUGCAAGGCUGGCUAUGAGGGCAACGGCAAGUCAUGUGGAGCCUGUGGGAAGGAGUUUUACAAGCCACUUCUUGGCAAUGCCACGUGUGUGCCCUGUCCCCUCGGGUCCACAACUGGGGACUCAACCACAGCUUCCCAGUGCACAUGCAUGAAGCCUGGCCAGAAGAUGGUCAACAGCAUGUGUUUGGACAUAGUCACCACAGAGGCUACAGACAGCAUGGAACAGACCACAGAAAGUGACACUCACAGGUUUUCAGACACUGAGAAUACAGUGGAAACACCUACACAGACACUGGGUGAGACAACACAGUCUUUGGAUGGCCAGAAGUCAGGGGUCACAUUCAAAGAAGCUAGGCAGCAGACAACUGUAGGAAGGUGGAAUCAGAGAGAAGUCACUCACAUGUCGAAAGAAAAAGUGAAGACAACAGAAUCAAAUGUGGAUUAUGACCAGUAUCCUGACGGAGUCACCGUAGGAAAACCUUAUUUUGAAGCAUGCCCUCAGCUAAAAGAGGUGUAUUUGGCACCUGAUGCUAACGGCCGAGUCACACUAAAUGUUGAGACGGCACGUGAUAGCUAUGGCCGUCGUCUCCCUCUUAUCUCCACCAGCGACAUCAGUGAUGAUCGCAUUACCUUGGAAUGGGCUAAAGGCAUUCGCCAAACAGUGAUCCUUAAUGCUUUUGACAACUGGAAGCAGAGGGCAACUUGCCAGUUUGAGGUCACAUUGAUAGAUACUGUUCCACCUGCAUUCACAUCAUGUCCUGGAGAUGUUGUGAAGAAGACAGACCAGUUGUCAGACACUGUUUUUUGGCCAAAACCCAUUGCCGAAGACAACUCUUUGUUUGUAGAGGUUGCCAGCACCCAUAAAGAGGAUGAAAUGUUUGGUGUGGGAGUAACAAUGGUGAACUACACUGCAGUUGACAAGUCUGGCAACAAGGCUGUCUGCAGUUUUUCGGUCACAAUCACUCUUGAACAACGUUGCAACCUGCCAGCAAUUAUGAAUGGUUUGGUACAGUGUGAACAGGAACCUGGCAAAAAUGAACUGUGCCAUAUUGAUUGUCAGAGCAAUUAUGUUGUCAACCCAGUAAGCAUCUUCUCACGGCGCUUUAGCUGUCGAGAUGGAGGAGAAGAUAUUAUGAGGCUGACAAAAUUGUUGAAGAAGCAAGAUGCUUGCCUCUUAAAGACACCACCAACUAUUGUCCGGCAAGAGUUUAGCUUGAGUUUUGAGGGACCCUGUCAUCCCAAUGAUGCUACUCUUGUUGAAGAGCUGACUGUCAAGAUCAUUGACAAGCUGAAGGAGAAGAACUUGUGUAAGUGGGCCGACUGUGUCCAUGAUAACAUCUCCAUUCACUGUGGCCCUCCACCAGUGAAGCGCCGCAUGGGUGUCCCAGACAUAUUUGACAUGCGCUGGAAUGUGACCAUCCAAAGAAGUGAUGGAUUGAGCCGUGAUGAGGUGGAGUCAGUACUGCUCAGCAUCAAGCUAGAGCUAAUGAAGUUGGCAGCACGGCCUGUCAACCUGGGACAGCAGCAACAUAUCCAGACAGUUGCUAGCAGUGUGCGCAAUUUUCCCUUACACUGGGGAUGUCUGCCAGGGGAGAUGGAAUAUUCUGAUGGUUGUGUCCAAUGUCCUGCUGGAACUUUCUACAACACAACUGCAGCAAGAUGUCAACUGUGUCCCCAUGGUCAGUGGCAGGAUGACAUGAAAAAGCUGAGCUGUCAUCAGUGCAGUUAUGGCUACACAAAAGAAGAUGGCGCUGUCAGUGAGAAAGAAUGCAUGACAUUUCCCCUAAUUGAUGAGAUGUCCAAGUUCUUGAUCAUCACAGCCUGCACAUUUGGACUAGUCUUUCUGUGUAUGGUUAUCUUCAUGUACCUACAGUAUCAGCGCCAGCAGAGACAAGCCAAACAGCGGAUGGCCCUAAUGGCGAGCAAUUCUCAUCGCCUCCUGACACCGAAUGUCUAUGCCUGUCCUCCUAUAGUAAAGCCCCAACCAACAGACCACAUACGUCGCAGUUCACUAGACUAUAUUGGCUGUCACGACUAUGAGGACAUCGAUGGAGCUUCAACAGCAACAAAAGCAAUGCUGCAGGCUCUUAGCAAACACUCAUAUGUCAACCGCAACAAUUCUCUGUCUCGCUCCCCAUAUGCAUCACAUCGGGACUCUCUCAACUCUUUCAAGGGCACUGAUGCAUUCUUUCGCAUUCCACCUUCACCCACACAAGGGACAAAUUCAUUUCAGACUUCAGCUGAAACGCUUCCACAGUCAUCCCCAAAGGGAUCUCAUCGCUCCUUUCAAGUCACAAGCAAUGAGGCAUUUUAUGGUAAACCCCCCAUUUCACCAGGAAUCAAUAACAUCAAUACCUUCAAAGGUUCACCCAUUUCACCUUACAAGGGGCCAAGUUCUGGACAUGAAAAUGGAGCUACAAACAAGUUGUCUCCAGACUCGCCAACACGAAGUCCACUCCUGCCACGAGACUCAGAAAGUUUGUACAGAAUAGUUUCAAAGACUCAUGGACCAGACAGCCCAUAUCGCCAGACAAGAGAGUCUCCCUAUGGCAAGGUGAUGGUCACACCCUCUCCGUUUUAUCAAGAACUCCAAAAAUCCUUCCGAUCUGGUGCUAGCCCUUCCCACGAUGGAUCAUUUGGCUACCCUGGAGCAUCUUCUGAGCAUGCUGCAAGCAGAGUUCCUGAGUCUCCUAGCAGCACAGGUCCAAGGUACCCACGUGCCACCACAGACACUCAGCACUCACUGAAAAGUAUGCCAGAUUCUCCAAUUCACAGAACUCCCAUGGCAACUGCUGAUGAUCCAAGCAUGUUCAUGUCACUUGGUGACACCCUAUACAAACGACCGCCAUCACCUGUUUCCCCCAUGCCAUCAGCUAGAAUUUCCAGUGACUCUCUGCACAGAUCCCCUUCAACACCCAGGGCCUCUCCCCUGUCUUCUCGGCGUCGUUUGGAUGCUGCAUAUCGCACCCCUCCUCAAACUCGGGGUAAGCGCUCUAUCACUGAGAACAGCUGUUACGAGUAUGAGUAGACUUAACAGCUUCCUUACUGCUGACUACCACAGACUGACUUCAGCAAGGUGGUCUACUUACUACAUUAAUGGUCAGUGUUUGUCAAUCUGUGACAUUUAAAAAGGUUUGGCCAUUGAGGAUUUACCUGUGUUCAAGACCAGCAUUCACCUGCUGUGGCCCCCAAGCUGUCUAUGCUUUCAGAUGAUUACUGUUUUCCUGUCUUAUGCAACCACCAAAAAAAGUAACUGAGGAAUGCUGAUCAGAAUGGAAAUAGCAAUUUAUCAUCAUAAAUUUCCUCGUGAUGGCAGUGUGAUUUGGCAUAAUGCUGUUUUCUAGAAGUGUGAAACAAGGACUGUGGGUAAUCUGGUUUGUGUGUGCUUUGUUGCUUGAUUGAUUGGUGUCUUGGUGGUUUGUUUGAAGGUCUGCUCCUUUAAGGUAUCCCCUCAUAAGAUUCCUGAUAAUACUUUAUGAUAUUUCAGAAUAAUUUUGUUUUGUCUGUAUCUACUACUAGAACCUGUAUAUGAAAUGUUGACAGAGCCUUGAUUUGUGUCUUCUUGUAUAUAAUUGAAUUAUGAGUAAAUUUAUUUGACUUAUUAUUUUUAUCACAGUUACAGUUUUUAAUGAUAUUUUUUAUAUAUGUCAAUUUUCAAAUAAAUGAUGUCAUUAUAUUUCAUUCAUUGAAUGGACAUAUUUCAUUUUCCUUGUCUCAUCGUCUACAACCCUCUAUCUGGUUUGUCACAUCUUCCAAUGCCAAAAAAAAAACCCAUUACAUCCUACUUACAAGUUGCUUCUGAUGUGUUACAUGAUUUGUCUCAUUUCCAUCAUUUUGUGAUUUAUAAGAUUUUGAAAAAAAUGGCACAAUAUUUAUAAACUGCAUUUUAAUUCUGAGCAGGAGUAAGUCUUGGUAUUCCUACAUUUUCAUUCAGCCUGUUUUCAUAGAGGAGGUUCUCAUGGCUGUGCAGUUACCUUGUUAGAAUUGUUUCAAGAAGGAAGCAAAGCAAGAUGCAUUGUUAAGAUUGCUAAGAGGUUAAGUUGAAUGACCAUCAAGGCUAAGUAGCCACUCAGACUAAUGUCAGAUAAAGAACGUGUUCAAAAACUUGGUAAUCCUUUCACGAAAGCAAACUGCAUGGUAUACAUAGCACAUUGUGUGCACAUUGACUGUUGCAUAAGAAAGGAAAACUCUAUAUUAAGAAAAUGACUUGCAGAUAUUGCUGCAAGAUCAAGAGUUUAUUGGUGCAAAAAAAAUAACCAAGGCUGAUCAAGUUUUUCCAUUCCCCCAUCUGCAGCUAGCCAUUAAAUGAUUUUUGAUGUCCACAAGUCUCUGUACAGUUCCUUUCUUUACUCUCUCUUACAUUUAUUAAGUGUUGUUCUGUCUUGCUUGCCUUUCAUUUUGGCCUGUAAGCAACACUGGUCAUCACAUUCAUCUCUUCUGCAGCUUUCUAGUGGCUCGUUCAGAAUAAGACAAAGGAGCUUAGAUUUUGCUGUAUAGUUGUUUUUCUCACUUUUAGACUUGGGGAAGCAGAUAGCAGAGUGGCAACAGAAGUGGUGUCUGAACUGAGGUGUUCCAGUUCAAAACCCAUGAUGAAAACAAGCUGUGCUAUGGGAAAUGGGUAGCUGACUCCAUAGAGGUUUGGGGAAGGUUAGGCAGUUACUUGGAAAAGGUUAGGGGAUGAUCUUUACCAACGAUUUUAGACUUAGUCAUUGACACAUUUUUUCCAUCACUGAAAUACUGCUCUAGCAUUUCCCUUCUUUUGCAUAUUAGUGUAUAAACAUUUAAUACUUAAUUGAAGUUUACAGGGUGGUUUUGUUUUGGUUAUUUGGUGGAGUUGUGGGAAAGAUCAGUUCCAGGACUACCUAUUCAUGCAUAAAUUAACUCUUCUUGGUUUCCGAUUUUAGUUUAUAAAUAUUGCCAUCGCUAGUUACUGUUGUUAAUUUAUCAUUUGUGAAUUACUUGUCCAUAAAUAGAUCUAAGUCUGAACUGAGGGGAUAGAUUUUUAAAAAAUGAUUUGCAUUGCAUACUAAUUAUGACUAUCACGGAAGCAUAUUCUUACAGCAAGCUUUAUUUUCUGAUCAGCAUGGCUCAGUUAAUGUGCAUGGUUUGUACUAGUACUAUAAAAUGUCAGCUUUCUCCUAAUAGUUUUUUUUUAAAUCGAAGUUAAUAUUCAAUAGAUACCAACUUUUUUCAAAAAGUAAUUUGCAUGGGUCACAAAAAUAGUAUAGAAAAUGUUUGUGCAUAAAAUUUAAUCACAGUUUAUUAUUUUAUACAUAAUUAUGCAUAGACAGUGGCACGAUUUGUCAUCAUGUAAAACAAGUAUUCUUCAUAAUUGCUGUUGCUAGAGAAGCCAAAUCAAAAAUGCUUCCAAUGUGCAAUAACUUUUGUAGAUUUUUAUAAAGUUAAGAAACAUCCAACUGUCAUGGUAGCUAUGCUCAGGUAGAACACAUUUCCUUUUAUCUGUCAUAAUCACUGUAGCACAACAAUGUCAAAAGUCUUUUAUCUAUCAUAAUCAUUUUAGUGCAACAAUGUAAAAGUCUUUAAACUUAUUGACUUUUGAAUGCUCAUCAUCAUCCUUAUCACUUGAUAAAGUACAAAAAUGUUUUUGUAACUAUAAAUGUUUCAUAUAAGGUCAUCCAUUAACAUCUCCAUGAUGCUGACAUCUUCACAUUUUUGUCAUUUUCAUCAUUACAGAUAGUGAAGCAGAGACCAGAUAAGUAGCUGUAGCAUCAUUCCAUUUGUUGUUCAACUGUAUGGUAGCUGAGUUAAACUACUUGGGUGAUUACUAUGCAAAAAAAAAAAAUCAACAAAAAACUAUAAAAAAAAACAACAGACCUACCAUUUGCCUGAGUUAACUGCUGAUUUUUUUCAUUGUCAUAUCAGCAGCAGAAAUAAAUAUGCAUUGUCUAAAAUAGCCUUUUUCUAAAAUUAUCAGCCUUCAUGUCUCUUUAAAGCCUUUUGAACAUGUUUUAAAAUAUCUUUGGAUUGUUGUUGCUUGCGGCUUUUUUGACAGAAGAGCAAUAUUAUAGUUUCUUUCUUUUUGCCCCAGGAUAAAGAGCUUAAUUUUUCAUGUAGAAAUUUUAUCUGACAAGUGUAGCUGACAUUAUGACCAACUGUUUAACCUAUAUUGACUGCCCCAUACACCACUGGCUUACUCCUUGCAUUGCAAAGUAGUUUCAAAGUUUUUCCUGGAAAGAAAGUUUUGUUGCAUGAGCCUGAAUUCGAAUGUCAGAGGUAUCUGAACAUUCGGGCCCAAGACGUCAAUAUCUUCAGGAGCAAGAUAUGUCUGGGCAGCAGUGAUAAUGAUCAAAUGUGAAACAGUAGAUAAGUGCAAUGGUCGUCACAGUCGGUCUUCAAAGGAUCGAAAGAAUAUGAUGAGAGUAUUAAAGGUAUUUUGCCCAUGUGUUGACAUCUCUUCUUUGUGAUCUUUAUCAGAUUGUGCAGUCUUGUAUACCAAUGCUAACGUGGCUUUGACAAAUGUAGUCAAGACUUCUUUGAUGGGACACUUUAUGUUUACUUUUUGAAAAUCGAUAUAUUCUAUCACUUCUUCCUGUUUGUGGCUAAAGCUAUUUCCUAAUUAAUUUUUUUUUUUUUUUUACUUACCAUGCCAGAUAGUUUUGUGAAAUGUUUGUUUAAGACUGAAACUGGGUUUAUAAUCCUUAUUUCUAAAGAUCACCUUGAAUGACCAGCUGCCCACAUAAUGUGAGAGCUCUUCUUCUCAAACACUGGUGUCAGAUGUCUUAGAGGCCAUCAUUAUUUAAUGUUGGUAAUUAUUUUAAGUCUAAGCUGACUUGUGCUGAAUGGCAUGACUAAAUUGACAACAGUAUCUGUGUGUUGGCAUUAAUGUCACAUUCAAAUACAAGUGAUGAUGCUGAGCUCUACAAAUGCUUAUUAUUAUUAAGUACACUACUGCAAGGCAUUUGAUUAUGGAGGAUAUAUACUAUAAAGCCAGUCAUUUAGCUAGGCUAUAAAUAUCAUAGUUUGUUACUUUACCAGUCUUAAAAUGGUCACAAGGGUUACAAAAACGGUGAUAUUCGGUAUUUGUACAAAUACAAAAAGGUCAAGAAACAUCGUUCAUCUUUCUCACCACAAAACAUUAUGGUUGCAUUGGCAGCCAGUCUUAAAUUUUUCUGGCAGUUGCUUAGCAGCAAUGAUUAAAACUUGUUGAGAGCAUUUUCCAGUCUUCAGUAGAUACAGUGUUUAGCAUAAACAGAAGUUUAAGGGCUGCUGUUACAAGGUUGGAAAACCUGAGAAUUGAAACUUUUGAAAUCAUCUUUAGUAUUAAGCCAAAUAGUGGAGGGGUCGAAUGAAAGAUGAUAUGUGUAUCCAUCUAGAUUAUCACAGCUUAGGCAGUACAAGAGAAUGUUUAGAGAUAAUAGUGCAUCCAUCAUUUUUGUUUUUAAAGAAAAGAAAAAGUUUAGGCAGUUGCUUUAACCCUUUAAGCUGCAGUUGAUAUCCAUAUGACUUCUAAUUGUAAUGCACAACUGUUGUUGAGAUUUACAAAGGCCAGCAUUUAAUAUUGGAUCAGUGCUCACAUUUUGUGUGUACCCUGUUUGGUAUGUACGAGGUGCAUUUAUUUGUACAGUUUCUUGAUAAGUAUAUAAGCAUUUAUACAGUUUGUGUACAUUCAUUUCAGCAAGUGCACUAUAUGUGUGUAUAUAUAUAUUAAGUGUGCAACACUAAUUUUUGUGCUUCUUCAAUGCAAAAUUUUCAUCAUCUCCUGAUCCUAUACUUGAAAUUUUAAGUGUCCUGUGAGAAACUUGGACAAACAUAAAAAUUACAAGUCCAAAGUGCUGUUCAUGUUUGUCUUUAGCAAUUUAACAAUAAUCGGUAUCUGGGAUAAAGACUAAAUGUUAUCAAUUUGAAUAAGGAUAUCUUAAUCCUGAAACUUUUGGCCCUUGAUGUUUACAUUUUGCAAGUUAGAUAAAAAAUGAACCAGUUACUCUUUAUUCACGAUGACACUAGUAGCCGUGUAAGCUUUAAAAAAAAAAACCUGCUGAAUAGUUCCAUACAAAGAUGAGACUUUGGUGUACUAGUCUAUUGGUAUCACCUUUUUUUUUUUUUUUUUUUUUUAAUCAAGAAAAGACAGAAAAAGUUAUUGUUCUAAUGCAGUAUAACAUAUUUUUCCAUCAAGAUAAGGCAGUAAGAAUUACUUUUCUAAUGAUAUUCAAAACCAGUGCUUCCAUGCCAUUGUUUAAUCAAGUCUUAUUAUUACUACAUAUAUUUUAAUUCUUCAAAUCUACAAGUACAAUAAUUGAAAGCAAAGGCAAAUGCAACUCUUUUUCAAAUGACAUUUUUUUCAGUCAUAGUGUAUUUAUUUGAAAAUGUAUAUGGUAGGAACCCUUCCAUUUCCUGGAAAUAAAUUUUGCAGAAUUAAUAAUACUUUAAGCCGAUAAACUGGAGACUCUAAAAUCUUUUUAAAUACUUUGGUAUUCAAUACUCUCUGUCUUAUUAAUCCAAACUGUCAGUCUUCGCUGAGCACAUUAUGUGCUUUCUUAAUUUAGCAUAAUCUGUGGCCAAAAUGUGUGGUAUGGUUCUGUCAGCAUUUCUAUAUCCUAAGUCUAAGGAUCUAGUAUUAUGCAGCAUCCUUUCAAAUCUUAGUGCAUUAAUCUUUGGGGGAUUUUUAUGGUGUAGGGGCUGAUGGUGGCUUUGUGCAAAAAAUGUACAGAAGCAAGGCAGACUAUUUGAAGAGGAUUUUCGUAUUCACUGCAAGUUCUGGAACCUAUGCAGUGUGCACACCAAUGUGUUCAGUUAAUGACUUCAUGAGACGUGGCUGUUGAACCACCAAUUUUCAUUUAAAUUAGCCAGCAGAAAGAACUGCUUUGAAUUUCUGAUAUAGCUCUUCUUGUCUCCUUCAUUCUAAAUGUUGGAGUAUUUAAUUUUAACAUGCUUAGACAUGUUUAUUUACGAGUGUUGCUUUCUGGUUUAGAAAACAUUUCAUUGUAGUUGAAUUUUGAUGGCAAGAACCAUGCAGUUUAUUGCUUUUAUACUCAUUGGGGUUUUAUGUGAAAGUUGCAUCACUGUUUUGCUUUGCAUAGGUGAUGGGUGGAAUAUUUUAUGCAAAUUUCCAUGAACAGUACUGCAAUGUUGGUUAGUUUUCAGCUAUGUUUCUUCAGUAAACAUGGUUUAUGAAAACAGAUUAGUGUUUUCAAAUCUCUGUGAGCCUUAUCUUAAAUGAUAAUGUAGAAGAGACAACAAUAGAAAGGGAAUGUUUAUGUCUUAGCUAUUGACCUGCAGAAAAAUUUUAGCUGUUUUGUUAUCUUACUUUUUAAUAAGUCAUUAAAUAUAUGUAGUUCGCUCUUUUCUUUAUUUUAACUUUCUUAAUCAUAUGUGUUGUUUAUGUUUAAUUCUUCCUUACAGUUUGCACUUUACAAAUUUGAACCUCUUCAUUGCUCUAUAGCUCAACUGCGUCAAUACACCCAUGUUGAAUGAGUUAUAGCUCAAUUGCCUUGAUACAUCCAUAUUUUGAGUUAAGAGCCUUUUAUGUUUGUUUCUAAAUUAGCUCCUACUUCAUAAAGUAAUAAUACAGAUUUUCUCCUAAAGGCUCCUCAUGAUCAGUUGCAGUACUGUUGUUCAUGGCAUUUGUCUGUAGAUGUGCCCGUAAAAGCCAGCAAAUAAAGGUGGCCACAGCAAACUGUU